GCUAUCCGAAUGAAAUAAAAUGUGCUUAGUAAAAUACUUUUGCUUCGUGCUUGUAUUGCAUUUCAUCAUGAUAAACCAGGUCAGAGGUUAUAAAUCAAUUAUUUGGCAAUAUAAAACCGCUUUCACUAAAACACAGAUUUAUUCUCAUAUCGAGUUCACGAACUUCAAGUGCACAUCCAUGAAUAAGGAAGUGGCCGAUUUCGAAUACUGUUCUCUAAAAUCAGUUAAUCGAACUUAUCAGUACAUCUCCACCAGAAUAAAGGUGCACAAAUUACUGAACAGCCUAAAGGUUAACUUUGGUUUGCACCAACAGAUCAAUGGGUAUAAGCCCUUUCUAUACAACAUCACUUUUGACGGUUGCCAAUUCAUCAAGAACACAAAGUCCAAUGUCGUCGCCAAAUACUUUUACGAUUUUAUUAGGAAUAUCAGCAACUUGAAUCAUUCCUGUCCGUACAACCACGACAUCAUUAUGGAUAAGCUUACCUCUGACACUAUCAAUUCCCGACUCCCAAAAGUUCUGCCCUUUCCCACAGGAAACUACAUGUUUCAGACCUAUUGGAUUGCCAAUGAAAAGUAUCGUGCGGUAACCAAGAUAUAUUUCUGUCUUUAUUGAUGGAAAAGUGCUGUUCGUUUGGGUUUUUAAAGGUUUUUAUUAAAUAGUAUAGAUAACAGCUACGAAGAAAACGGGUUUAAUGGGUGAAGUUCUUAACUGGACCUGCAACUUGGACAUGAAAAUAUUAUUAACUUUUAUCGUCUCCCGUACUUUAUUAUUAUUAUUAUUAUUUUAUUCGAUUAUGGGCUGUGAGCUCGUAAAGCUAUUUAUGUUGAAUACAUACAAAAAUUAAAAAUGUUUCACAUUUGUAAUUGCGAUGUAAGCGAUCUGAAUUCACAGUGCUGCUGAAAAGUUGCCUAUCACUAGAUAAUUUCUCUCGAUUUUCAGUGAUUAUUCCUGGACACACACGUACACUCAUAUAAAAUUACAAUAAAAUGGUGCCAAACAUUUGAUCUAAAGUUACUUCGGUCUGUCUAGUGUAGUUAGUACGGACUAAGGUCGAUUGGGGAUCUAUAGAAAACGUUUAUCAGAUAAUAUAAUUAUGUAUAUUGUAUAUAACGCAACUUUUCGUGAGAAGCGA